UGUGGGUGGCUCACUAAGGAGUAAGGGCUCGUUCGUUGAGUUGUGUCGUAUUCUGUUCUUAUUCAGAACUUAACCUAGUUUUUGUAGCUUUUAGUCGUUGUCUAGAGCUAGAGUAGUAUGAAAGUAAAUUAAUCUCAUUUUAAUGGAUUUGUUUAGUUCUUGUCCAGAAGAAACUAUAAAUAGGAAGAGCACAUGCAUUAGUAACGAAUUUGUAUCAAUUUCAGAUUCAAAUUUUGAUGAAUGUUUUGAUUUGGACAAAUGUCAACAGUUUAUAAAGAAAGGAAAUUUUACAAAAAUUUGCCUUCAGUUUCCAGAUAAUCUAUUGCAGUAUUCUGUAAAAGCUGCAUUGCAGUUAGAAAGCCGAAUCAAUCAGAAGGUGUUUGUUUUAGGAGAUACCUCGUAUGGAAGCUGUUGUGUGGAUGAGGUAGCAGCUCAGCAUGUGGAUGGGGAUGCUGUGAUUCAUAUGGGCCACACAUGUCUCAGUCCCACCACUCGGCUGCCGGUGCUGCAUUUACUGCCUCGAGCAAGUCUGGACCUAUCUGGGUUAGUCUCAGCUUUUGCUCACUUCUACAGCACCACAAAUGGGCCAGUGCUCCUCUUGUACGAUGUUGCUUACGGUCACCUAAUUGAUGAAAUCAGGGAAAGACUGGAUGAAUUCAAGGAGAGAGUGGUUAUAUCACAGUUGAAUAUCCCUGACGGUCAGCUUCAAGCGUGUGGUCUGGAAUGUGACUUACAUAGGGGUUCUAACACACAUCAGACCACUCUCCUGGGCCGAUCAUACUGUUGCCAGUCACCUUCUUCUGUAGUCUACAUCACACAUAGGCAUUCUCAAAAUAUGCUCAACUUUGCAUUAUCCAUGAGAAAUAUCCAAUUUUUUACAUACCCCAGAGAAACUGAGAAGGCCACAGAAGAUUUUAACAAGUCCUUCCGUCGAAGGCUUUAUUUGGUGGAAAAGAUAAAAGAUGCAAAAACACUGGGUAUACUGGUUGGAACCUUAAGUGUAGAAAAGUAUUUGGGGGCGAUAGAAAAAAUGAAGAAGCUCGCAACAUACAGGGGAAAACGAUGCUAUAUCUUCUCUAUUGGAAAACCUAAUCCAGCCAAGCUGGCUAACUUUCCAGAGGUGGAGGUAUUUGUGCUUGUGUCUUGUCCAGAAUCAAUCCUAGAGAAUGAGAAGGAUUACAUGCAGCCUGUAGUAACACUACUGGAGGCAGAGCUGGCUCUCAAUCCCAGCAUGCACUGGGAUGAUCAGCUCUCUGUGGACUUCCGAGAUCUCCUAGAAGGAAACCCACUGCCAGAAAACCAAGAGCCGUUGGCUCCUGAUGUUUCUCUGAUAUCAAAUAAAAUCAGGACGGAUGUAACGAUAGAAGAUUCAGGAACUGGUUCAGAACUGGCAAACAGAGAACAUUACCAAAUAUCUGUUGCUAAUUCAUACAUUGCUGGAAGGAGUUGGAGGGGAUUGGAGCAAGCACUAGGAGAGACUCCUGUCAGCCAGGUGAAAGUCGGACGUGCAGGCAUCCCGCUGGCAUAUGAUGAUGAAAAAUCAUACCAACCAUCAUGACUAAAGUAGUUCCUGGUUUAGUUUUGUACAUGUAUCUUAUAAAAUAAAAAAAGUUAAAAAGAAA